UCUGCUCUGUCUGGCGGUAUGCCGUAACUGGCGCCUUCUAGGCGACUCUACCUUCUUCCUCUAACUCUCUCCUUUCAAUCAUCCGUCGCCGCCGAUUAGUUCACCGCCGGUGACCUUCAUCUCCGCAUUAGCCUCUCCCUCCACCUUUCUCCUUCAUGGAGGUCCCUCCCCCACCAGAUUCUCGUCGCCAUCCUCCAUCUCAUGUCCCUCCGGACAUGGCACAUGCCUCCUCCCGAGAGAUCUCGCCAGAUCUGGCUAGUAGCCAGGAAGAUCCAGAGGAUAUUACCCAGCGGAGACUCGUAUCCGAGCGAUGUAAGGAGCUGCAGCAAACAGGGGAAUUGCUAGCACAAGUCACCAUCAAAGAAGGAAAAGGAGUUGAGAGGAAGCAGCAAGGAAACAUGGCAGGCCAAACGAAGCACAAGGAAAAAGAAGAUUCACCUUUUAGCUUGCCAAGAAGACAUCAUCCAUCUGAUGACGAACUGGACUUAUCAGCUAUCAUGAGGAGUUUGCAGAUAACAAUCCCAGAAGACAUUGAGAUUGGUUAUCAGGGGGAAGAAAUUCAGAGACCAGAAGAAAGCUCCCCAUUCAGACUGCUGAUGAAAGUCGCAAGCUCGUCAGGUACUCCAAGAAACAUCCCUUUGCAAGCUCUUAAUAAUGCAAUGUCAAGGGCAUGGGGAGAGAAAUAUUGGAUUAUCGAUCAGAUCAAAUCAGCUAUGUAUGUGGCAUACUUCAGAGAUGAUGAUGCUAUGGACUUUGUCCUUAAAAGGCAACCUUGGUCUGUGGAUGGUGACAAUCUAUUGUUAGAAUGGAUAAACCCAAGGGAACCGGAUAGGAAUUUCGAUGACUAUCAGUUCAGGUAUUUAUAUGUUCCUAUCAGAGUUUAUGGUGUGCCAGAGAGAUUUAGAACUCCCCAUUUGAUGAAAUAUGUUAUAGAUAAAGUUGCUCAGCCUUCGGAUCUACAUCCACCGCCUGAAAUCACUAUGACUGUUAGAAAGGAUUUUGUUCAGGCAUAUGCAAAAAUGGAUAUUCAGAAACCAGUGAAAGACAAAGUCAAAUAUUAUGUGUCUCCAAAUGAAUACAUUCUAUUCUACUUGAAUUAUGACAAAGUCAAGAGAAUCUGUAUUUUCUGCGGAGUGAUGUUCCAUUCAGUGCAACAUUGUCCUAAUAGAAGAAAGCUAAUUAUGCAUCUGCAAAGUAUUCAAGCUAAUACAUCCUCUGUUCCGUUUGCUAAUAUUGGAAUCUGGACCUCCCAAGCAACAAAAAUCCCUCACACUGCCUUUCAACAAUCAAAUUUUGUGGGAGGACUUUCACUGGAAUAUAGAAGAGAUGCGAACUUGGACAGAUCAUCAGAUACAGAUAAGUGUUCUCUAUCCAGAUUUAAAAUUUUAGAGGAGCGGGCAGGUCGAAGUAAAGAUGAUAGAAGGGGAGAAGUAAAAUACGUGUGUUCAAAUAUACACACUGGUUCACUUUUAGCUCUGGAUUCACCUUCUCAUUUGUGUGGUCUGUAUAAUCAAACUAGCAAAGACAGGCAGUUUGUUUCCCAAGUUCCUCAACAUCACUCCAAGACAAGGGCCAAUGAGAUUGAGCCCUCUCAAGCUAGCAUCGCUGAGACCUCUCAGCCUCCACAAGCAAAUGUAGAAGUGUACAAUCCAUCUACUCACGCUGAUAUCAACAAGCAGCAAACAUUAAAUGCUUCAAUUCCCCAAAAAAGAUUAAAAAGACAAGCUGAAACAGAGGCUAUACCAUUCGAAGAACUAAGGAGAGAACAUGAUCGUACCAGACUCAAGUCAACUCCACCUGCAUCAACUAAGUUCUCUGACACGGCUGCUUCGCCUUCCAUUGCUUCUGAACAGCAUGAUGUGUAUCACCCUCCGCAGCUACAUUAUAGGCAAGAUACAGGACCAAGAGUCGUUUCCCAACAAGCUGACCAUUCUUUAGAGCAGGAGAACCAAUUUCCAUAUAAAUUCAGAGAAGGUACAUCUCAAUCUCCAUCAGCCGCUCGGAAAAAAGUCCGCCCAAAUAAAAGGAACCACUGUAAUCAAAGGAGGGUGGAAAAUAGAGAAAAUGUAGCUCUUAAUUUAGAACACAAAGGUGGUGUACCUGAUAACUACAUUGCAGGAGUUGAACAGCAGACUCAACUAAUUGAUGCCAAUCAUUUGAUAUCUAAUAUACACGCCAAUACUACUUCAGCUAGCAUAUCACCUCAGGUUCAGGGAUUCCAAAACUCAGAGCAGUACAAGCUAUGGCUUCAGCAAAUGGCAGUAUCAUCCUAUGGACCUCCUUCAGAAGGAAAUCAGCACAGGGGAUUACUGCCCCCUAAUUUGGUUGGCCAGGCCUGCUUGGUUGUGGAUGAUACAAACCAACUGCAUAUUCACGAUAAUGGAGAUCCAUUGGAUAACGUUGAAACAGUUAACAUGGAUAGGACCAAGGAAAACUCACAAAAUGAUAAACAGGCAGCGGCGCCAGCCUUUAAGGCGCCACGGGCGCAAUGAGUCUCAUUAGUUGGAACUGUCAAGGAGCGGGCAGGAGCCUUGACAGCAACAAGAUGACCUAUCUUGCCCGACUGAUGCACUCGACUAAUGCUAAGCUAUGUAGUUCCUUCUGAAGGCCGUUCUGGAGGGCUUUGGCUUUUGUGGGACAGCGACAUCGACCUUAAGAUUACAAGUGCUAGUCCUAACUUAAUCUUAGCCUCCCUUGUAAAUACCUCCACUAAUGAGGCUUUCUGCUUAGUUUGUAUGUAUGGGGACCCUAGCCACUCAAAAACUAGUAAUAUUUGGAAAGAGGUUUCCACUUUUGUUGAUGUAAAUAUUGGAAAGCCUUUGCUUUGCAUGGGUGAUUUAAAUGAGCUUAUGUAUCCCCAAGACAAGAGUAAUAUGAAUUAUGUAAAUUACUCUCGCAUGCAUUCCUUUCGCUCUCUUGUCAAAGAUUGUGGUCUUUUUGACUUAGGAUUCAAUGGACCUGCUUACACAUGGUGCAAUAAAAGGUACUCUUCUAAGCCCUUAUAUGAGAGGCUAGAUAGGUUUCUUGCCAAUGCUGAGUGGAGUAACUUAUUUCCCAAUGCAAAUAUAUACAAUCUUCCUAUCUUGCAAGGUGAUCAUGCUCCUGUAAUGGCAGUUCUUCACUCAAAAUUUAAAAAGCCUACUUAUCAUUUCAAGUUUGAGAAUUGGUGGCUUCUUGAGGAAGAUUUUCAGGAAACGGCAAUGAAAGCUUGGAAAACUUCUCAAAACCAGCCUUUCACUUCAAGAACCAAGCAUCUCGCGGGAGCCUUAAAGGUCUGGAGGAGAAAGAAGAAGCCGCUUCAGAAUCAGUUGCAUGACAUAGAGCAAAAGAUCAAUGAAAUCCAAGAAAAGCCCAUUCAAGAGCAAGACCACACUGAAGAGGAGAAACUUAUAGUUUCCUAUGAGCAGACCAUGACAAGACUUA